AUGAGUGGCUCGAGCUCUGAGGAGGAACAGUGCGACCUGGAGGAGAAUGGUGAGGGGCCGAAGAUGGCGAGGCUUCCCAUAAUCCAGCUGAAGAACAAGUCCAAGAGCGGAUCUCCCGUGGACUCUCCCAAGGUCUCGCCGCGGGACUCUCCUCGAUGUUCUCCCAGAAACUCGCCUCUGCUCUUCAGAAAACUGCUGAUGAACCGCAGCAUCAACCAGCGGCGGCGUUUCACUCUGGCCCACACUCCCAGACCCGUGCUGGCUUCACCUGAUCCGCACCUGGUCCUAAACGCUGGUGUUUGUCCUCUGGCCCUGGAGGACACCCUGUACUUCCUGAUCGGUGCUUCUCCACAUGUUUAA